UACUGCCUGUCAGGACAUCCAACCUUACCAUGCAAUGUACUCAAGUUCAAAUCCACCACCAUCAUGUUGGAUUGCGGACUGGAUAUGACGUCUACCCUCAAUUUCCUCCCAUUGCCACUGGUUCAGAGCCCCAGGCUGUCCAAACUUCCUGGUUGGGUUUUGAAAGAUGGAAGCACAUUUCUGGACAAGGAACUAAAGGAGUGCUCCGGCCAUGUGUUUGUAGACUCUGUGCCCGAGUUCUGUUUACCAGAGACUGAGCUGCUUGACCUCUCCACGGUAGAUGUAAUCUUGAUCUCAAACUAUCACUGCAUGAUGGCGCUGCCCUAUAUCACAGAGUACACAGGAUUCACUGGAACCGUGUAUGCCACUGAGCCCACUGUUCAAAUUGGCAGACUUCUCAUGGAAGAACUGGUGAAUUCCAUUGAACGUGUGCCAAAGGCUCAGUCCGCCUCCAUGUGGAAGAACAAGGAGGUACAGAGAUUGCUGCCUGCCCCUCUGAAGGACGCGGUGGAGGUGUCUAUGUGGAGGAAGUGCUACACCAUGCCAGAAGUGAAUGCUGCACUCAGUAAGAUCCAGCUUGUGGGAUAUUCUCAGAAAAUUGAGCUGUUUGGUGCUGUGCAGGUCACCCCUCUCAGCUCAGGCUACGCUCUUGGAAGUUCCAAUUGGAUAAUCCAGUCGCACUACGAAAAGGUUUCCUAUGUUUCAGGAUCUUCUCUACUUACAACACACCCUCAGCCCAUGGACCAGGCUUCUCUUAAAAAUAGUGAUGUUCUCAUCCUGACGGGUCUUACACAAAUCCCUACUGCUAACCCAGAUGGCAUGGUAGGAGAGUUCUGCAGCAACUUGGCUAUGACUGUCCGGAAUGGAGGAAAUGUUCUGGUUCCCUGUUACCCCUCUGGAGUAAUAUAUGACCUGCUGGAGUGCCUGUAUCAGUAUAUUGACUCUGCUGGACUAUCCAGUGUCCCUUUUUAUUUCAUCUCACCUGUUGCCAACAGCUCCCUUGAGUUCUCCCAGAUCUUUGCUGAAUGGUUGUGUCAUAAUAAACAAACAAAGGUGUAUCUUCCAGAACCUCCUUUUCCCCAUGCUGAG